AUGGAGAAGGGUGAAGAACAGCUUAACCCACGGUUACCUAGAAAAAAAGAAGAGCUGAAGAACGUGGAGAAAAAUUCCACAGGUUUAGAACCCACGAAGCUGGUGGUUUCCACAAUUUCAGAACCCAUCACCACCAUGAACACCCAGUGUAAAGAUUGGUCAGACCCAAAAACCUUCCUUUCUCAUUCCGCUCCACACCUCAUACCUGUAACUGAAGGAGAGCUUAUGCACAAUUCGGCAUUAGAGAAAGCACCAGCCCAUAAGAGUUCAAGGCUUAUAAUUGAUGGUCGCCAACUCUUGAAGCAGUGA